UGCAUCCCGGAAAUGCGAAUAUAGUGUUAAUAGAUAUUUUUGUACAUGGUCACAAAAGCAAACGCUGAUGACUUGACAACAUGGCUAAUGUUUCCUAAGCUACUUACUUAGUCGCUUUCCGUCAAGUAUAAGGACUUACCGAUGUUGAUGACUUAGCUAUGUGCGCUAGUGAUUAAUUGGAAAUCAAAAGAAAUUUGAGAUCCCUAGAAGUUUAGAAGAGGCGCCGAGUAGAAAAAAAAUGAGAUUGUGUGUGAAAUUCCUUUUGCCAGUUAUCAUCAGUUGGAGUAUGCUUGUGUUUUCAAGCGGUGUAGAAAUUGUAGAGCUCACAGAAUCAAACUUCGAGACAAAUAUCAAACGGAUGAAGUGUAUGUUCUUAUACGCUACUGAAGACAACUGUGAAAAAUGUAAACUUUUAUUUCACAAAUUUUUGAUCACUGCGCAGACUUUUGAAAGAGAGCGUGAUAUCACAUUUGGGAAAGUUUCUGACAAAACUUUAAUUAAUGCAUUUGAAGUGACGUCAUUUCCGGGGAUCGUGUAUUACGAAUAUGGCAGUGCAGUCCCGAAAGUAUAUCUUGGAGAUAUCACACCGACCGCUUUAGCAAAAGUGGUAUCAGACGCCAUGAAAAUAGACUUUAAGAAAGUAGACAGACAUUUUGCUCUACAACUCACGAAAGACAACUUCGAUGAAAUCAUGGAUACAGAUAAACAGUACCGGCUCGUUAUGUUACACGAAGCAGACGACGAAGAUGAAGUAGAUUUGUACGAAGAAAUAGCAGAAACGUACGAAAAUGAACCCGACGUUGUCAUAGCAAGAAUAAAUAUUGAUUCAGAGCGGAAGUUACGUAAACAAUACAGCUCGUAUACAUAUCCAUCGUUUUACUGGUAUCGAAAAGGUGACGCAAAGAAGAAGAAGCGUUACGGUGGAGACUUGAAUGUCAAUCAGAUGAUCAGCUUUAUCAACAAAGAAGGGGGAUUUUUCCGGACAAAAGGCGGCCGACUUAAUCCGUAUGCUGGACUGGUCAAACCGCUUGAUGAAGUAAUAAAUAAAUACGGGAAGGACUUGUACGAGAUAAGGAACAUUGAUCAGAUAAAACAAGAACUGGAGAAAGAAAUAGCUAAACUUCCCGCUGAUCAAGAUAAAGAACUUACUAAAUACUACCUGCAUCUAAUUGAUGAAAUUGAAGAAGACAGAACGAUUGAAACUUUGGAUGAAUCGCGAAAUAGGUUGUUCCGUCAGAUGUCAGGUGCAGGACCUCUAGAGUUUGAUCAAUUGGUGAGGAAAAAGAACGUCAUACAGAAGAUUAUUGACAUAAUCGGCUUGCAUCUGCUGGAGCAGAUCUCUGAUGGAAAUAUAGACGUACCUCUCGAUGCUGACGUCAGUUACGGAUUUGAAGAACAUGGUUUAGAGUUUCACGAAGAGCUCUGACUUCUUCU